CUGUACUACAAUAGAUUCGAACAUACCAAAUACUUUUGUUGGUGAGUUUUCAAACGGGGUCUAUAUAUAUGUAGCCGUUUCUUAAUGUGUAUCUUAUAAUUAGACUUACUCACACACCAACCAAACAACACACACACAUCUCUAAUCUCUCUCUGACCUCAAUUUCAUGAUGGGAUACCAAACAAACCCUAAUUUCUCCAUGUUUUUUUCCUCUGAAAAUGACGAGCAAAACAAUCAAAACUAUGAUCCUUACAAUAAUUUCUCUUCAUCAACUUCUGUGGAUUGCACUCUCUCCCUUGGAACACCAUCUACUCGUCUCGACGACCACCGUAGAUUCACUUCUGCUGGUUCUAAUAACAUCUCCGGCGAGUUCUUCUUUCACGGAGGAAAUACUAAAACGACGUCGUACAAGAAAAGCAAUGGUGAUCACAACCUACCUCGCCGUUGUGCUAGCUGCGACACCACUUCUACUCCUCUAUGGAGAAACGGACCAAAGGGACCUAAGUCGUUAUGUAAUGCGUGUGGAAUCCGAUUCAAGAAGGAAGAGAGGCGUGCAACCGCCAGAAACUCAGUAAACUCCGGUGGAGGUUCAUCGGCGGCAGAAAUUCCGGUAGACAAUUCAUAUAACGGUACUGGAAACUAUUACAGUCAUCAUCAUCAUCAUCACUAUGCUUCGCCGUCGCCGUCGUGGGCUCAUCAGAAUACGCAAAGAGUCCCGUAUUUCUCGCCGGCGCCGGAGAUGGAAUAUCCGUACGUUGAUGACGUCACGGCUGCUUCAUAUCUUUCUUGGAACUGACGUCACGUAGCGAGAGACCGACUUCGAUCGCAUUCUCCACCAUUUUGACGAGAUGAAGAAGAAACGUUUAUUAUGGAUCAUGAUGAUGAUGAUGAUGAAAGGUCUUAUCAUAGAUUCCCAGCCAAAGCAAAUCAGUCUUGGUCAAAUUCAUUAUAUAGUUUCUUUAUAUUUAUUUAUUACCUCGACUCUAUCUACUUGUGUUUUCUUUUUCAUGACUUUUUGAAAGUUAUAUAUACGUACUGUUUUAUAACCCUUUUCAUGAUGUUUCCACUUGCUUUGACCGUAUAGGAUACAUAUAUAUCUCAACUUUAUGUUAUAUCGUCUUUUAUUCUUUAACAUUUUUCGAUGCAACCUGGCCGAUAGUUUUCUUGUUUC